AUGCAGAGCGGCGGGCGCGCGCGGCGCAACCCGCUUGUGAAGCAGCUCGUGCUGGAGAACGACCGGCCGGCCAAGAUCAGCCACCUGAACUUCGGGCUGCUCUCGGACGUGGACAUGAUGCAGAUGUCGGAGCUGCGCGUGCACUCCAAGGACCUGUUCAAGGUGCAGACGCGCGAGCCGGCGGCCGACGGCGUGCUGGACAAGCGCCUGGGCGUGUCCAACAAGAAGGACACGUGCGACACGUGCCACCUCAAGCUGGCGGACUGCGUUGGCCACUUCGGCUACAUCAAGCUGGAGCUGCCGGUCUUCCACAUCGGCUACUUCAAGGCCAUCACCGAGAUCCUGCAGAACAUCUGCAAGUCGUGCAGCCGCGUGCUGCUGCCGCCCGCCGAGCGCGAGACCUUCCUGCGCCGCAUGCGCGACCCCAGGGCCGACGUGCUGCGCCUCGUGGGGCUGCGCAAGAAGAUCGCGGCGCUCUGCAAGAAGACCAUCAAGUGCCCGUACUGCGACGCCAUCAACGGCUCCGUGCGCAAGAUCACCAGCACCACGCUCAAGCUCGUGCACGAGAAGUACCGCGCCAAGGCCACGCACGACCUGCGCAACGUGUUCGUGGCGCAGUUCGCCGAGGCGCAGGCCAACAACCCGGAGAUCGGCGCGCACCUGCCCAAGGCGCAGGAGGACCUGAGCCCGCUUGUGGUGCUGCAGCUCUUCAAGGAGAUCCCGGACCAGGACUGCGAGCUGCUCUGGGUGGACGCGGAUAACGGCCGCCCCGAGCGGCUGAUCCUCAACUCGGUGCUUGUGCCGCCCGUGUGCAUCCGCCCCUCCGUGGCCAUGGACGGCGGCUCCGGCAGCAACGAGGACGACAUCACGGUCAAGCUGCAGGAGAUCGUGCAGGUCAACUUCGCCCUGCGUGCGGCGCUACAGAAGGGCGCGUCGCUCAAGAUGGUCAUGGAGGACUGGGACUUUCUGCAGAUUCAGGUGGCGCAGCUCAUGAACGGCGACACCCCCGGACUCGUCAAGCCGCCCGGAGCCAAGAGCGGCAUCCGAGGACUGUGCCAGCGCCUCAAGGGCAAGCAGGGUCGCUUCCGUGGUAACCUGUCGGGCAAGCGUGUGGACUUUUCCGGUCGUACCGUCAUUUCGCCCGACCCGAACCUGCGCAUUGAUCAAGUGGGCGUCCCCGAGCAUGUGGCCAAGACGAUGACGUAUCCGGAGAAGGUCACGCGCUACAACAUUGAGAAGCUGCGCAAGUGCGUCGUGAACGGACCGAACGUGCACCCUGGAGCGAAUAUCAUCCGCAUUGAAGGGCAAAAGUUUACGAAGAACCUGAUGUACGGCGACCGCGCGAGUCUGGCUGACGAGCUCAAGAUUGGUGACAUCGUGGAGCGUCACAUGGAGGACGGCGACAUCGUGCUGUUCAACCGUCAGCCUUCGCUUCACAAAAUGUCCAUUAUGUCCCACCGUGUGAAGGUGAUGCCGUGGAGGACGUUCCGGUUCAACGAGUGUGUGUGUUCGCCGUACAACGCCGAUUUCGAUGGUGACGAGAUGAACAUGCAUCUGCCGCAGACGGAGGAGGCGCGUACCGAGGCUAUUACGCUCAUGGGUGUGGAGCAGAACCUUAUCACACCCCGUAACGGUGAGCCGCUGGUUGCAGCGACGCAGGAUUUCCUUACGGCGUCGUACUUGUUGACGCAAAAGAACAUUUUCUUCAACCGCGAGCAAUUCUGCCAGGUGAUUUCCAUCAUGAGUGAUGCGAACGAGCACAUUGAGCUGCCCCUGCCCGCGAUCGUGCUCCCUGUGCGCCUGUGGACGGGAAAGCAGGUGAUCAGUCUUUUGGUGAAACCCAACUCGCAGACGAAGGUGAUGGCGAACCUGGAGCUCAAGGAGCGCAAUUACACGAACAACAAGUACAUGUGCUGGAAGGACGGUUACGUCUGCUUCAGGAACAGCGAGCUGAUCUGUGGCAACCUGGGCAAGAAGACGUUGGGUGACGGUAGUAAGCAGGGUCUGUUCUACGUUCUGAUUCGUGACCACGGCUCUCACGAGGCUGCGCGCUGCAUGAACAGGCUGGCUAAGUUGUGCGCGCGCUGGCUGGGCAACUUUAAGGGGUUCUCGAUUGGUAUUGAUGACGUCACGCCUUCGGAGGAGCUUGCCAAGGAAAAGGAAAAGCUGUUGCAGGCUGGUUACGACGCAGCAAACAACUCCAUUGAGGAAUACCGACGUGGCAAGCUUUCCUUGAAGCCUGGAUGUAACGCUAUUCAGUCGCUGGAGAGUGAACUCAACGGUCUCCUCGGUAAACUGCGUGAGACUGCAGGUGCUGAGUGUAUGCGCACGUUGCCAUUCCACAACAACCCGCGUAUCAUGGCUGAAUGUGGCUCUAAGGGUAGCGCACUAAAUAUCUCGCAGAUGAUGGCGUGUGUGGGUCAGCAGUCUGUGGGCGGCAAGCGUGUCCCGGAGGGCUUCGUGAACCGCACGCUGCCUCACUUCCUCCCUCACGCUCUGCACGCCUCUGCCAAGGGUUUUGUGGCCAACUCGUUCUACAGCGGACUGACGGCUACCGAGUUCUUCUUCCAUACAAUGGGAGGACGUGAAGGUUUGGUCGAUACUGCUGUGAAGACGGCCGAGACUGGAUACAUGGCCCGUCGUCUCAUGAAGGCUUUGGAGGACUUGUCUUGCCAGUACGACCAGACUGUGCGCAACUCCGAAGGCUCCGUGGUGCAGUUCACGUUCGGUGAUGAUGGCCUGAACCCAGCGUACAUGGAAGGCGAUGACCGACCGGUUGACUUCCAUCGCCUGCUGGAGCACAUCCGUAACACAUUGCCCGACCGUGAGUCCCCGGCGUUGCUGCCAUUCGAGCUGCGUCGCCUGGGUAAGCAGGUCGUGCAGCGCCCUCAGUUCCAGGCUAUUCUGCCGACCGGUCGGAAGUUCUUGAUUGAGAUCGAAGAGUUUUUGGGCUCCGUCGCGAGUGAAAUCGCCUCGAACCGCACGGGCUGUGGCCUUGACUCGAUGGACAAGGCGGUGAAGACGUACGCUUCUAAGCUCGAGAAGGCUUUCGACGACGAUGAGGCGGCCAGUGUGCUCAAGACCAAGUCGGAGACUGGUGACAUGAAGAAGGAGAAGAAAAUUCAAGUGUCGACUAAGCUGGAGAAGCUUGCUAAGCCUCAAGGCCGUCGCCGCUUGGUAAAGCCCGAGGCUGAGUCCGACGACGACACAGAGGACUCGGAUGAGGACAUGAGCAUGGACCUGACCACGUACAAGCAGAAGGGGCUGGACAAGGUCGGCCUGCCGGAAUGGGAGCGCACUCGCUUCAAAACUGCGAAGGCUCGUGCUGAGUGGACCAAGCGCGCAGGCAAGAACGGCACUGCUGAGAAGGAGGAGGCCGCUUGGCUGUUGUCGCACAACGUGUGCCGCAUUACGGCGAAGCAGGUGGAGAAGCUGCUAGAGGUCUCUCUGUACAAGUACAACCGUGCGGGUAUGGAGCCCGGUGAGGCUGUGGGUGCCGUGGGUGCCCAGUCGAUCUCGGAGCCUGGUACGCAGAUGACGCUGAAGACGUUCCACUUUGCCGGUGUUGCCAGCAUGAACGUGACGCUCGGUGUGCCGCGUCUCAAGGAGAUUAUUAACGCCUCCAAGGUCAUCAGUACGCCCAUUAUCACAGCGGCGUUGGUGUGCAAGACGGACGAGCGCUCGGCGCGUAUCGUGAAGGGCCGGAUUGAGAAGACGACGCUGGGUGAAAUCGCUGUGCACAUCAAGGAGGUGUUCGCCCGCGACCAGGCCUACCUUUCCGUGAAGCUGGACCUGACGGCCAUCGAGCAGCUGCAUCUGAACAUCACGGCGCGAUCUGUGCGCAACAGCAUCCUGAACGCCGUCGGCGUGGGUCCGCGUGGCGCGUUGCGGCUACUGAAGGAGCAGCACGUUCUUCUGAACGCGCGCUGCCCCGACAAACUGCGUCUGUUGGCGCCUCCCAACUACAAGGGAGCCAAGGGCGACUCGCGCGGUGCCUACUUCGCUCUGCAGGCGCUCAAGGCUGAACUUCCUGGCGUGAUUGUGCAGGGUAUCCCGACGGUGAACCGCGCCGUGAUCAACUACGAGGAGGUGCAGGAUGCGAGCGCGACCAAGUCGCUCCACUUGCUGGUGGAAGGUUACGGUCUCGCCGAAGUGAUGGGUAUCCCGGGUGUCGACGGCCUUCACACGACCUCGAACCACAUCAUUGAGGUGGAAAAGACGCUUGGUAUCGAGGCGGCGCGUGAGCUCAUCAGCUCCGAAGUGAACUACAUCAUGAGCGCGUACGGUAUCGGUAUCGACAGACGUCACUUAAUGCUGCUGUCGGAUAUCAUGACGUUCAAGGGCGAAGUGCUGGGUAUCACGCGCUUCGGUAUCGCCAAGAUGAAGGAGAGCGUGCUCAUGCUGGCGUCGUUCGAGAAGACGACCGACCACCUCUUCGACGCUGCCGUGCACUCACGCACGGACGCUAUCGUGGGUGUGAGUGAGUGCAUUAUCAUGGGUAUCCCGAUCCCGCUGGGCACGGGCAUCUUCAAGUUGCUGCGCCAGGUCGAGAAGCCGCGCGUGCAGCAGCGGCGGCCGCUUCUGUCCGCUCAGCUUUAG